AUGGACGGCCCAGACCAGAUCGGGCCAGACCUCAGCCCCAAGAGGACAUUCAAGGACCGCGUGCGACGAGCUAUCCAUUCUUUUACCACGAGAGACGGCCUGAUUGGUGACUACGACUAUGCCUUUCUCUUCACACCAAGGCUUCCUUUCAUGAAGCAGAAGAGGAGAGCUGCUCCGUUCUUCGGCCUUGAAGACAAGAUCCCGGUUGUUCUGGCUUUGCUAUUAGGUUUGCAGCAUGCGCUGGCGAUGCUUGCUGGAGUUAUCACUCCUCCUAUUCAGUUAGCUGGUUCAUCCGGUGCCAACUUUGGCUCUGAAGAGUCGCAGUACAUUGUCUCGACGUCUUUGAUUGUAUCAGGGCUCUUGUCUGCUAUCCAAAUGUUCCGCCUACAUGUGUACAAGACUCGUUACUACGUCGGCACCGGACUGGUUUCGGUGGUAGGAACUUCAUUCGCAACAAUCACUGUCGCAACAGGAACAUUUAACCAGAUGUACUCCACCGGAUACUGUCCAGUCGAUGACUCGGGAAACAGACUCCCUUGUCCAAAAGGCUACGGUGCGCUCCUAGCCACCUCUUGUCUAUGCUCCCUCCUCGAAAUCGGCCUAUCCUUCAUGAGCAGCAGGCUGCUCAAGACCCUCUUCCCGCCAAUCGUAACCGGUCCAACCGUCUUCCUGAUUGGUGCCAGUCUCAUCUCUAACGGAAUGAAGGACUGGGCCGGCGGUUCUGGAACCUGCAGCAACAACCCGGGCAACGGCGCCCUCUGUCCCAGUGCUGACGCCCCCCACGCACUCCCCUGGGGUAGUGCCGAGUUCAUCGGUUUGGGCUUUCUAGUCUUCGCCACAAUCAUACUCUGCGAGCGCUUCGGAUCCCCCAUCAUGAAAUCUUGCGCCGUCAUCGUCGGCCUGCUGGUUGGCUGCAUUGUCGCCGCUGCCUGCGGCUACUUCGACCGCUCCGGCAUUGACGCCGCUCCUGUCGCCUCCUUCAUCUGGGUUAAAACCUUUCCACUUACAAUUUAUGCGCCGCUUAUUCUCCCCCUCCUCGCCGUGUACAUGGUCAUUAUGAUGGAAUCCAUCGGUGACAUCACGGCCACCUGCGACGUCUCCCGCCUCCAGGUCGAGGGCGCUACUUUCGACUCCCGCAUCCAAGGCGGCGUCUUGGGCAACGGUAUAACAUGCCUCCUCGCCGGCCUGUGCACCAUCACCCCGAUGUCCGUUUUCGCUCAGAACAACGGCGUCAUUGCCCUCACUCGCUGCGCAAACCGCAAGGCCGGCUACUGUUGCUGCUUCUUCCUCGUGAUCAUGGGCAUCUUCGCGAAGUUCGCCGCUGCCCUGGUGGCAAUUCCUUCAUCCGUCCUCGGCGGCAUGACUACAUUCCUCUUCUCCUCUGUUGCAAUCUCAGGCGUGAGGAUCAUGUGCAGCGUGGACUGGACCCGCCGCAACAGGUUCAUCCUCACAGCCUCCUUUGCGGUUGGUAUGGCCGCUACACUCGUGCCAGACUGGUUCUCGUACUUCUUUACGUACAGCGGUGAUAACCAUGCGCUUGAGGGGCUGUUGCAGGCGGUUGAACUAGUCAUGGCGAAUGGAUUCGCCAUCACGGGGUUCUUGGGCCUUCUGCUUAACCUGAUCCUGCCUGAGGAUCUGGAGGAAGAUGUUGUUGAGUCUGAAGAUCAGGAUGAGGGGGUCAGGACUGUGGUUGACAGUCAGGAGGGCAGCGAGCCUGAAUCUUCUGGACAAAAUUUAAAGGCUUGA